UAUUCUGAAUCUCUAAGAAAACUCUCCGUUCCCUGCCAUUCUCUUCUUCCCCAAGCUAUCCCCUCUUCUUCUCCUUAGGUAGCUAACAACCUGGUAUCAGAGGGCUUCGUUCCCUUGCGAUCUAUGGCGUCCCCGUCCCAGAUCGAUCCCACCUUGACCUUGGCGCUGGAAUCCCAAACCAGAGCCCUCCUAUCGGAGUUGGACAAGAGGCUGCAACUCCUCGACAGCAAAUGGGAAUCUCGGGUCAGCACUCUAGAGUCCAGGGCGACGGAGGCUGCGCAAUCCUUGUCGGAGUUUUCGGGCACCCUUCGUGCUGAUGUUGAGGCACACCUUACCGCUGCGGAUGCCUCGACGGACGCCAAAAUCGGGCAGAUCGAGGCCGACCUGGGUUAUCGGGUGGCGGCGCUCGAGUCUACCGCGGGGAUCUAUGAGUUCUGGCGUCCACGCGUGGAUGCGUCCCUCGAAGAUCUCCACUCCUCCGUGGAUUGGCUUCGAUCGGAAGUGUCGAAGAUGGAGAUCCAGUGGUCCCGGGGUGCGCGCGCCGACGGCUUCCACAUGCCGGGCGUGCUGGGCGCGCACGGGUCGGCACCGGGACGCUCAUCUGUCGCCGGGGAUGUCGCCGACGGCUCUCGUUUUGGGCACCGCAACGACUCACAUCACCGGGAUAGCGGACCUUGGCACCCCGGUGCUGACGCCCGCUACCCGGUCACGGGUAUGCACAACCCCUAUGCUUCUCCUUCGUUCACCUUUCCCCAACCUGGUAGUGUAGGGUUUAAUGAGCCAGAUCCCCGUGGAUGGUCGCCACGCCAGUUGGGAGGAUUGCCUAAGUUGAAUUUUCCUUCGUUCGAUGGAUCCAAUCCGAAACUAUGGCAAUCCAAAUGUGAAAAGUAUUUCCAUAUGUAUGCUACUGAAGCAUCUAUGUGGGUUGAAGUGGCUACAAUGCAUUUUGUGGGAGUUGCUGAUCGUUGGUUACAAUCUGUCGAACCACGACUUCCAUCCAUGUCGUGGCGACAAUUCUGCCGGUCCAUUAAUGAUAGGUUUGGUCGUGAGCAGCAUGAGUUAGUAAUUCGUAAGCUAUUUCACAUUCGCCAAACCUCCACGGUGCAAGAUUAUGUGGAUCGCUUUAGUGAGCUUAUUGAUUUACUGGUCACUUAUGAACACACCACUGAUCCAUUAUAUUAUACUAUGAAGUUCAUAGAUGGCCUCCGUGAUGACAUUAAAUCUGUUAUUCUUGUUCAACGUUCGGGCGACUUGGAUACUGCUUGUGCUUUGGCAUUGUUGCAGGAGGAGGCGGAGACCUCUCGUCGUCGGGAGUCUGGCCGCGUGGAUCAUGCACACUCUACACGGGCUGUUUUUCAACAAGGCCAGCCUCCUCGGUGGGGAAAACAGCUGGACAGUUCCAAAUCAGCUGCGGCUACACCACCUGCGUCUGCUGAUAGCAAGGUAGCAUCAUUGCGCGCUUAUCGGCGAGCACGAGGUCUUUGUCAGUUCUGUGCUGAAAAAUGGAGCAAGGGUCAUAAGUGUGCGAACACUAUUCAGUUACAUGCUGUCCAAGAACUGUGGGAAAUGUUUUCUUCGGAACCCCAGGAUUCAGAGGGCGAAUUUGAAGAUUCUGCUGAAACCUUCAUGGUCCUGCUGUCAACAGAAGCCAUAUCCCCAAAGAAGGCUCCGUCUAGAUCCUUCCGGCUUCAAGGCCAGCUUCAGGAUGAGAACAUGUUGAUACUCUUGGAUUCGGGCAGUUCUCACUGUUUUCUAAACACUUCUCGCACUUCUUCAUUGUCUGGGUUCGUGAGUUUGGAGACUCCACUAGCAGUAACAGUUGCUAAUGGUGGAAUUCUGCAUUGUCCAUUGGAGCUUCCCAAUGCUACCUGGUCGGUUCAGGAGUUGGAAUUCUGUACAACAUUUAAAGUCAUUCCCCUUUCGUAUUAUGACAUUAUCCUGGGUAUGGAUUGGCUUGAGCAAUUUAGUCCCAUGAUGGUGGACUGGAAACACAAAUGGCUUUCUAUUCCUCACUCUGGACAGACGGUUAUAUUACAAGGUUAUGAACCCCUGGUUCCUGUGGGUACAAUAUUGGAGGUUUGGCCGGUGUCUGAGUUGCAGGACACUUCUGCCCAGCUGCACUGCGUUGUGGACAUGUCCCUACCCCAGCCUAUUACCCACUUGCUUCAGCGCUAUCAGGAUCUUUUUCAGCUGCCAACUACACUGCCGCCCAGCCGGUCAUGUGAUCAUUCUAUUCCACUCAUUGAUGGUGCUCGACCUGUCAGUAUUCGGCCGUAUCGUUUCUCACCUGCUAUGAAGGAUGAGAUAGAGUCUCAGGUCACCGAGAUGCUACAAAGUGGAUUGAUCCAGCAUAGCACCAGUGCUUUUUCUUCUCAUGUGUUGUUGGUGAAGAAGAAGGACAAUACUUGGCGCUUUUGUGUAGACUACAGACACCUUAAUGCCCUCAUUGUGAAAGCCAAGUACCCAGUGCCUGUAAUUGAUGAGCUGCUUGAUGAAUUAUUUGGUGCCUCCUGGUUUUCAAUUUUGGAUCUUCGAGCAGGAUUCCACCAGAUUUUGCUGAAGGACGGUGAAGCUCACAAAACUGCUUUUCAGACUCAUUUGGGACACUACGAGUUCCGAGUUAUGGCAUUUGGGCUGACGGGGGCUCCUGGCACAUUUCAGAGGGCGAUGAACCAUACCCUAGCUCCGUUAUUAAGGAAAUGUGCACUAGUAUUUUUUGAUGACAUUCUGGUUUACAGUGCGUCCCUAGCUGAGCAUAUCAGUCAUUUGGAACAGGUGUUUGAUCUGCUCUCUGCUGAUGCUUGGAAGGUUAAGUUUUCCAAGUGCAAGUUCGCCCAACAACAGGUUUCCUAUCUAGGACAUGUUGUCAGUUCAAAGGGAGUCUCAACUGAUCCAGUUAAAAUCGAAGCUAUUGCGCACUGGCCAGAACCUUCUUGUGUUAAGGAAUUGCGCAGCUUCUUGGGCCUCGCCGGUUAUUAUCGCAAGUUUAUACGCCACUUUGGCGUUAUCUGCCAACCUCUCACUGCAUUGCUGAAGAAAGGAGUUUUGUAUAUUUGGACCAGUGACCACGCAUGUGCAUUUCAGACCUUGAAGACUGCUCUUACUCAGGCUCCAGUUCUGUCCUUGCCGAAUUUCACUGCCCCAUUCUUUCUCGAAACCGAUGCCAGUGCAGUAGGAGUCGGGGCAGUCCUUAUGCAGCAUGGUCACCCCCUCGCUUUUCUCAGCAAGGCGCUAGGUCCAAAAUCUCGCGGCUUGUCAACUUAUGAAAAGGAGUACCUCGCUGUUAUCCUGGCAGUCCAACAAUGGCGGUAUUAUCUUCAGCAUCAUGAAUUUGUCAUUCUCACCGACCACAAAAGUUUUAGAAACAUCAGUUUAUAG